AGAAGAAUGGCAGCUUCUCUCCACCUUCAUUUGGUCAGCCCUCUCUUCAAUACAAUGAGAAUGGUAUAAUGAAAUCAGCAAUGGGAUCAGAGAACCUGACAGCAGCCUUUUGGCAGUGCAGUUCUCUCCCUGCUGCUGGAGCAACACAGACAGAAGCCAUCAAAACUGAUCGACAACAAGUGGAGAAAGAAAUCCAAAUUCGUACUGGAAAAAAAUGUUGUUUGGAAUGUGGCAAACAAUUCACAUACAACAGUGAUCUUAAUAGGCAUAUGAAGAUUCACACAGGAGAAAAACCAUAUUGUUGUCAUGAAUGUGGAAAGUCAUUCUCAACGAGAAGCAUUCUUCAGAGGCACAGAAGAAUCCACACAGGGGAAAAACCUCAUCGCUGUCCAGAAUGUGGUAAAUCUUUCUCAUGGAGAAGUGAACUUCAUCGGCACAAAAUAAAUCACACAGGAUACAAACCUCAUUUCUGUUCAGAAUGUGGUAAGUCCUUCCUAAUGGGAAGCCACCUUCAGAGGCACAGAAGAAUCCACACAGGAGAAAAACCUCAUUGUUGUCCAGAAUGUGGUAUGUUGUUCUCAUGCAGAAGCAAUCUUCAGAACCACAUAAUAGGCCACACAGGAGAAAAACCUCAUUGUUGCCCAGAAUGUGGUAAGUUGUUCUCAAGGAGAAGCUGUCUUCAGAGACACAGAAGAAUACACACUGGAGAAAAACCUCAUUGCUGUCCAGAAUGUGGUAAAUCUUUCUCCUGGAGAAGUGAACUUCAGCGGCACAAAAUAAAUCACACAGGAGACAAACCUCAUCUCUGUUCAGAAUGUGGUAAGUCCUUCAUAUUUGGAAGCCACCUUCAGAGGCACAGAAGAACCCACACAGGAGAAAAACCUCAUUGCUGUUCAGUAUGUGGUAAACGAUUCUCACGUCCAAGUGCACUUAGGUGCCACAGAUGGAUCCACACUGGAGAGAAGCAGUACACCUGUUCUGAAUGUGGUAAAGGGUACUCUUCCAGAAAAAGUUUUCUGAGACACACGCAAAGUCAUAUUGGAGUAAAGCCUGUCCCAGAAAUGAUAAAUGAUCUUUCCAAUGGCUCCUCGAGCAAAAAAAAUGAAGGAAUAUCUUCUGAAUGCAGUAAAGGACUCUAGUUGAAUGUA